CCCGACGGACGGAAAUCACGGUCUGCGAUAUGUUGAACAUUACAGCACCAUACGUCUUAGACUGCAGAACACCACCGCAGGGGGGUAUGAAGGCGGUAGUGCAGCGAGUAAUCUCAGCUUCGGUAGCUGUGGACGGGAAGGUCAUCUCCCAGAUUGGAAAGGGAUUGCUUGUUCUGGUCGGCGUGGACAGGUAUGAUCAAGCUACGGACUCAUCGUUCAUCAUCAAGAAGAUCCUUGGGGCGAAGCUCUUCCCGGGGGACAAUGACUCUGGUCCAUGGAAGCGGAGUGUUAUGGACGUCGAAGGCGAGGUCCUUUGCGUCUCCCAAUUCACCCUCUUUGCCAAUUUCAAAGGCAUGAAACCUGAUUUCCACGAAUCAAUGCCUGGGUCGAGCAGCCGGUCUUUUUACAGCUCGUUUCUUGAAGAGAUAAGGCGAUCCUACGUUGCCGACAGAAUCAAGGAUGGAGAGUUCGGAGCCAUGAUGCAGGUCUCUCUGGUCAACGAUGGUCCAGUAACGGUCACGUUCGAGUCUCGCGACAAGGCUAUCUCCUCGACCUCUGAACCCACAGCAACAAAUGGUCGAUCGGGACAGACACGAGAGAAAGAUGAACAUGCCCGUUUGAAGGCUCUGAAGAAAGCCGAGCUUGAGCAGAGGACAAUGGACAAUGCUCGAUGGAAAGCAGAAGCGCGUGCAAUGGCUGAUCUUGAACGCAAAGGAGAUGUUCAGGCCGGUGGCACAGAUACCGCUCCACGGACAGAGGAGUCGUCUGGUAGUAAUGUGGAUCAGCGUUAAACGGCGAUGGGCAUCAGUGACGACUAUUCACGAAGCAUCAGCUAGCGCCGAAAUGGUCUGUGCUCCGCAUUCUGUGCGCCGUAUUCAGCUGCGACAUAUCAUGCUGCAUCAUUUCAUGCUCGGAAAUACAAUGUACAUGCAA